CUUGGUGUUCUUCACUGAAAAUCUACACUAUCAGUGUGUUUGUGUUCUAGAACUACAAGUGGUCUUCUAGCAUUAUUUAAAAAGAUAAAGACGUUAAUCUGAAUUAGCGCGACAGGAUUGAGAUGUUACAGUUUAGGGCUUCACUUGUGCUGAAGGAGUUGUUUCAAACCAGCCCAAAGCGUUUGUUUUCUGACAUUAUAGGGCACAAGAAGACUUUCCCAAAAGCGUACAUCUACAGCGCUGCUUAUCCGGCUGGUAGAAUAUCUAAAUUAAAGUCUGGCUGCAAUGGAAGACCUUUCUUUCUGCCUUUAGCUGGGAGAAGAUUCCUAUGUACAAAGACCGAAGGAUCAAUUGACUCUACGGAACCGGUGAAGAAAGAUGAGUCCGUCCAAGAAGCGACGGCAGACAGGAGAAGGAAGGCUGGCAUCAUGCCCAGCUUGGAAGACCUGCUGUUUUACAGUAUUGCUGAAGGCCAGGAGAGGAUCCCAGCUCACAAAUUCAUUACCGCACUGAAGGCCACUGGACUUCGAACAGGAGAUCCACGUCUAAAGGAAUGUAUGGACAUGUUGAAGGUCACCCUCAAAUCCACAUCAGAUGGUGUAAUGCUGGACCGACACCUGUUCAAAAAGUGUGUCCAAAGCAACAUUGUUCUCCUAACACAGGCCUUCCGGAAGAAAUUUGUCAUCCCUGAUUUCCAGCCUUUUGCCUCCAAUAUUGAUGCACUUUAUGAGAAGGCCAGAAAUCUCUCCGGGGGGCUGGUUGCUGACUACAUUCCCCAACUUGCCAAAUUCAGCCCAGAUCUUUGGGCCGUUUCCCUUUGCACAGUCGAUGGACAAAGACACACAGUGGGUGACACUAAAGUGCCAUUUUGCCUGCAGUCGUGCGUGAAGCCGCUCAAGUACGCUAUUGCCGUGCAUGACCACGGCACUGAAUAUGUGCACCGAUUCAUUGGGAAAGAGCCCAGCGGCUUACGCUUCAACAAGCUCUUCCUGGAUGAGGACGACAAACCCCAUAAUCCAAUGGUGAAUGCUGGUGCAAUUGUGUGCACCUCUCUUAUCAAGCAGGGGGCAAGCAAUGCUGAGAAGUUUGAUUAUAUGAUGAACUUCUUAAAGAAGAUGGCAGGAAAUGAAUAUGUUGGUUUCAGCAAUGCCACAUUCCAGUCGGAGCGUGAGUCAGGAGACAGGAAUUUCGCUAUUGGCUAUUACCUGAAAGAGAAGAAGUGCUUUCCAGAUGGUACAGACAUGACUGGUGUUCUGGACCUCUACUUUCAGCUGUGCUCCAUCGAGGUAACGUGUGAGAGCGCUAGCGUCAUGGCUGCCACAUUGGCCAACGGCGGCUUCUGUCCAAUCACAGGCGAGCGUGUGCUGAGCCCCGAGUCCGUGCGAGACACCCUCAGCCUCAUGCACUCCUGUGGCAUGUAUGACUUCUCCGGACAGUUCGCCUUCCAUGUGGGUCUACCAGCCAAGUCAGGUGUAUCUGGCGGCAUUCUGCUGGUUGUGCCCAAUGUGAUGGGCAUCAUGUGCUGGUCUCCUCCAUUGGACAAACUCGGCAACAGUGUCCGGGGCAUCCAGUUCUGUACGGAUCUGGUGUCCUUGUUCAACUUCCACAACUACGACAACCUGAGGCACUUCGCCAAGAAGCUCGAUCCUCGCAGAGAGGGAGGGGAACAGCGGCAGUACUCCUUCGGACCCCUGGAUUACGAGAGCCUUCAGAAAGAGCUGGUUCUCAAAGACACUAUGUGGACAAAAGUCUCGCCCACUGAGUGCAAUGAGGACCACUCCACUACUGUAGUCUAUAGGAUGGAGAAUAUCGAAGAAGGCUUCUAAAACGGACCUGACUUACCUCGGCGAGCUCUUUGACAGUAUAUAUUUACAUAUUUGAACAGUUAUUUAUUUUCAAUGAAUCUCAUUCUGCGCACAUGUUAGUUCUUCACCAGUCUCGGUGAAUAUGACUCAGUAUGGUAGAGGAUAUGUCUAAAGUCUUAGAUCUUGGCUUGUGUUUAUCUUUCUGUGCUAAUGCUUAAAGGCACAGCGGAGGGUUUUAUUCUUCAUGUGGACGUUAGCUGCAGUGGGAUUUAUGGUCAUAGACCUGCAGGUGUUUUUUUGGUGGAUGUUGAGGACUGGCUGCUGAUCAGAGACUACAGGUGGUUCUGUGUUGCUCUAUGAUUGAAUGUUGUGGUCAUGCAUAAUGAACCGAGUCUUCAGAGAGGCCUUUAACUUAGUGUCAUGAGCAUAUGGACAUCUUCUGAAAUUGUUUGUUAUAGGUGACUUGGGCGGGAAAGCGUGACCUUCAUUUAAAAAUAUUUUUUUUUAAUUCUGACAUUAUUUAUUCACCCUCACGUUGUUUUAGCCUUGUAUGUUGCUGCUGUUUCUAUGGAAUACAAAAAUAUUUUUAAAGAAUUUUCAUGACAAUUAUUUUUUUUUACUAUAUUCCAUAUAAAAUAUCGUAAAAUAAAUAACCAUAAAAAUGGUCCAUCUGACUAUAUUUCUAAAGUCUUCUGAAGCCAUAUACUAGCUUUUUGUUAUUAUCAAUCUCUAUCAUUGAAUAAUAGUGAUUCCAGUCUGUUCCUAACACAACGCUGUUACAUAAUUGACCAGUCAAUGAAAGCAAUAGUACACCCAAAAAUGAAUAUUUGGACAUUUACUCUUUCUGACCCCGUAUGAUCAUGAUGUUGUUACAAUCAUUUUAAUUCUACCUUUACAUAUGUAAUAAAAAAACGUUUACAAAAUCCAUGAAAUUACCAUAAAAAUUGUCCAUCUGAUUAUAAUGAAAGUUUUCUGAAGCCAUAUACUUGCUUUUAUAAGGUAAAAGAUGAAAAUUGAAGUUACCGAAAAUGACAUUUGUUGCAAAUUUUGAAUCUGAAUUCAAAUGCAUUAUCAUUAAAUUACAUCAAAAAUUCAGUCUGUUCUUCACAUAAAGCUAUUGUAUGGCUUUAAAAAAUUAGACUUGGAAUAUACAGUUAUAUGGACCAUUUCUAUAAGUGAUGUGUGACCCAUACCCCAUUUGUCCUCUGCAUAUGGCAUACAACAUAAAGGUGAAGUAUUGUUUUCCAUUUUGGCUGAACUAUUCCCUUGUUACUGGUCCCUUGACACAGUGGUAUUUCAUUGCAAGUGUAAGGUUAAAAGGGUCCUCAUGUUGCAUAUGGGUUAUUCAUUUUUAGGUUAGUCACUAUUGCUUGUCUUGGUGUCUGCGCGUCCUGAGAGGACUGUUGUAAUGUGCAGUGUUUGCAUCAUAGAGCCGCACUAGUACUGCUCAGCAGCCACUUAAAGUCUGCUCUUAGACCGUCUUUGCAGUGAAAUCAAUAUGUUACAAACCUUCCACUCUUCCACCUACCCUUAGUUACACUUCUGUCUGUAUAUUCUCAUAUAUUAUAGAAACAUUUAUGCACCUUAUUGACAGUUCAAAAUGUUGGUUCAUAUCAAACUAAGCUUCGAUAAGCUUCUGAAGUGGUUUCAUCGGUGAAAAGAUGCUGCCCUUAUCGGGAAUAUAUUAUAAAGUAUUACCUGAUUUUGUUUUAUAUUUGUUGCAAAAAUGUUUUAAAUAUAAAUGUUCACUUUAUUUUUGCAUGAUUUGCUUUGCUUUCACAGGUUUGUAUAUUUCUGGUUUUGUUGCUUAGUUUCACAAGUUUUGUGUUUGUGUAUUUGUAUCCUAAUUUUCAUGUCUUGUGUUUGUGCUUCUUUAGUGGAGAAGUGUUUCUCAUGCUCACUGACAGCUUUAACAGUCAAAAUCUAAAAUAUGAGUUGAUUACAGUCUGGCUUGAGGAAGCAGCUCGCUCUGAUUACUUGAACAGCUGUCAAAUGCUUCAUCACUAUAUUUUAUCAUCUGAUUUUACACUGUCAUGACAGUUCUGUUUAUUUUCUCUUUUUUUCUCAUCGUGUAUUUGUCUUUUUCUGUAUCAUUAAUAAAUGUAUUUAAUCGCA